AUGCAGAUCACUACCGCGACCGCUCUCGUCUUCUCCCUCCUCUCCUCCACCGGCCUGGCCGCUCCAAAGGGACCUCCAGCAUACACCGCUACCAUUCAACUCGCCAAUGAUCAGUCCGGCGCCAAUGCCAAUGCUGUUAUCCCCGUUGAUGGCGUGAAGCGUCCUGUCCAAGAGCUCUGGGGACACACUUCCCUUGCUCAACAUGGCCUUGUCUUUGCAUCCAGUGCCCAGCUCACUGUCAUCGAAAAGACCACCGUCUGCACAUUCACCGAAGAGCUACACCACCUGACUGCAUCUCUAAAUGCUGAGGAUACCUAUAUUACCUUGGGCAAGCCGGUCGUUGAUUUGUGCUCUGCCUACGUUGUUUGUGAAUGUGAGGGCAUGUAG